ACAACACGGCGGGAACCAGCAUGGUUAGAAUGUGACUGUCAUAUAUGUCUUUGCGCUGAUCUGCAAUAACAAGCUUGUGUUGCAUAUUACAACUAAUUUGGAACUAAUAGUUACAACAAAUUUGAAAUGAGUGGUAAAGCUCCCGCGCCAUCCAUCCGUAAGCUGGAUGAAGUUGUUGUCAACAGAAUAGCAGCAGGGGAGGUGAUACAGAGGCCAGCCAACGCCUUAAAGGAGAUGAUAGAGAACUGUAUUGAUGCCAAGUCCAGCAACAUCCAGGUGACGGUGAAACAGGGAGGUCUGAAGCUGCUGCAGAUACAGGACAAUGGGACUGGCAUAAGGAAAGAAGAUAUGGACAUUGUUUGUGAACGCUUCACUACCAGCAAGUUACAGAAGUUUGAGGAUCUCCAGUCUAUAUCAACCUAUGGUUUCCGUGGUGAAGCUCUAGCCAGCAUCAGUCAUGUAGCCCAUGUCACCAUAACAACCAGGACAGCAGAAUCUAAAUGUGCCUACAGGGGCUGUUUUCUGGAUGGCAAGUUGAAGGAGGCUGUGAAACCCUGUGCAGGCAACCAGGGCACGCAGAUCACGGUGGAGGACUUGUUCUACAAUGUCGCCACCAGACGGAAGGCUCUGCGCAGCCCAGCAGAGGAGCAUGCCAAAAUUGUGGAGGUUGUGAGCAGGUAUGCAGUCCACAACAGCAAGAUAGGCUUCACUCUGAAAAAGCAUGGUGAAAGUAUGGCUGAUGUACGCACUCCUGUCAACUCAAAUCAUGUUGAUAAUAUCCGGACAAUCUUCGGAGCCUCAGUUGCAAGAGAGCUGCUUGAAGUAAGCAAUGAGGAGAAGCAUCUGGCCUACAACAUGCAUGGAUUUGUCUCCAAUGCCAACUACUCCAUGAAGAAAGGCACCUUACUCCUCUUCAUCAACCAUCGCCUUGUUGAUUCUACAAGUCUGCGGAAGGCUUUAGAUGCAGUGUACCAGGCCUACCUCCCCAAGAAUACUCACCCGUUCGUGUAUAUGAGCCUAGAGAUAUCUCCCCAGAAUGUUGAUGUCAAUGUCCAUCCGACAAAGCAUGAAGUUCACUUCCUGCAUGAGGACGCCAUCAUCGAGAGUAUUCAGGCUACAGUAGAGUCCAAGCUUCUCGGCUCCAAUGCUUCUAGGACGUUCUUUACACAGGCACUGUUACCUGGAGCCCCUGUUUCUCUGGAGGAAGACAAGUCGGAUCUGUCUGCAGGUGAUGGAGGGAAGGUAUAUGCACAUCACCUUGUCCGAACAGACAGCAAGGAACAGAAGCUUGAUGCCUUCUUGAACAGACCAUCCAGCAAUGAGAAGGACGCAACAGUCAGUUCGACCAAUCCAAAUGCACCAUCAGCUAGUGGUAGCAAUCAGCCAUCAGCAUCCACAAGUAGGGAGGAUGUCAUGGAAGUUGAUAAUGAAGACAGUGACAAUGAUGCAAAAAGGUCUCCACAACCUAGCACAUCAACAAGUGAAGCACAACAUCGUCGAGAAUUAAAACUGACCAGUGUCCUUGAGCUGCGCCAGGAUGUCCUUGACAAGUGUCAUGCAGGUGUGAGAGACAUACUUCAGAGUCUGACAUUUGUGGGCUGUGUGAGUGAAGAGCAUGCCCUGAUCCAGCACCAGACGAAACUCUACCUUGCUAACACCACCAAAUUAAGCAAGGAACUGCUGUAUCAGAUACUGUUGGCAGACUUUGGCAACUUUGGCAUUCUCAGGCUAUCUGAACCUGCCCCUAUCUAUGACCUGGCCAUGAUGGCCUUGGACUCAGCAGAGAGUGGCUGGACAGAGGCAGACGGACCCAAGGAGGAUCUGGCCCAAUACAUUGUUGACUUCCUCAAGACAAAGGCACCCAUGUUGGAGGACUACUUCUCUGUGGAAGUGGACAAGUCUGGCAAUCUGCUGACACUGCCGAUGCUGCUAGACGACUACAACCCUGUGCUGGAUGGACUUCCCCUCUAUGUUCUGCGGCUUGCAACAGAAGUGAACUGGGAGGAGGAGAAGGAGUGUUUUGACUCCUUCUGCCGAGAAACCAGCGAGUUCUACUGCAUUAAGAAGAGCUUGUUCUCCAGGCCGAGCCAAGGGGAGGAGCCACAGGAAAUAGAAAAAUCACAGUCCAAGGGAGAUAAUUGGCGGUGGACUGUGGAACAUGUGAUAUACCCAGCAGUUCGGACACAGUUACUUCCCCCUAGACAGUUCGCCGAGGAUGCAAGCUUAUUGCAGCUUGCCAAUCUCCCAGACUUAUACAAAGUGUUUGAGAGGUGUUGAAUUCUAACAGACAGUCAGAAAUUUAUGGCCCUGUCUUUCACAACCUUUCCGAAAUGAAAACUUGAAUUUGUCAAGUGCAGGUUGUGCAGAGUCAUUGAUGGAGACGACAUUUUUAGCCACAGCAAAGAAAUGGAAGGCCAUAAUGGUACUGAAUUGACUGUCAUGAAGCCAGUGGUCCACACACUAUCACCACCCACACAGGGAGUAGUGACACAAGUGACGAUGAACUUUAUCUGUGCCAGGUUGUCUUCUUCUGUCUAAUCUGCCAAUGUGACAAUAAAUGAAGGGGUUGUUUUUCCAACCAGUAGAACCUUA